AUGGCCGAUGGAAGGAAUGAUGAUACGGUGCCGGUGGUCACCAAACAAAUGAGAGGAGUGAUUGCCGAAGAAGUAGGGAAGGCAAUUGAGAAUAGUCUAUCUGGUUUUAUAGACAAAAUUCAAAACACGGUGCUUAAUGUGGUAGAGGAACAAAUCCAAAGGUUGGAAGAAAAUGCCAACCGAGCCAAGGAAAAGUCCGGAGAACGGAAAGGUUGUUCAUACAAGGAGUUCAUGGCGUGUAAACCGCCAAUUUAUACUGAGGAGGUCGAUCCGAUAAUAUGCCAACAGUGGCUAAGCGACAUCGAGGGAGUGUUUGAAAGGACCCACUGUGAGGUAAGCGAUUUUGUAGCUUACGGUACGGGUCAGUUAAGAGGUCAAGCCAAGGACUGGUGGGAUAAUAAGAAGAAGGAGAUUGGGGCCGAUGCUGCAAAGGCUAUGACUUGGGAUGAGUUUAAGGCACCAUUCCUUAAACACCAUAGCCCCAAGGCGGUCAUCAACAGAAUAAAGGAGGAAUUCAUCCAGUUGAGGCAAAAGGGUGAAUCGAUAGACAAGAUUAUGGGCAUCUUUCUCGAUAAAUUAAGGUUUUGUGACGAGCUGGAAAUCGAACUCAAAAAGCAGAUUGAACGGGGUGAACGAAGGGCAGUAGAUGUUAACCCGAGCCCUACGAAGAAGGCACUAACAACGGAGUCAAUAAAGAAGACGGAUGUGAAAGGUGGAUCACCGAGUUGCAAAGUAUGUGGAAAGGGACACAAAGGCGAAUGUCGCUUUAAAGAUAAACCAUGCCCCAUAUGUGGAAAGACAGGGCAUACGGCCGCGCUAUGUCCGGGGAAAGUUUCGGUGUGCUAUAAGUGCUAUCAGCCGGGUCACAAAAAGUCGGAGUGCCCGGAGGUGGACGGGAAAAGGAACGAGAAGGAUGUACAGAUGGAGGCACAAAAGGCAAGGGCCAGAUCCUUCCAAUUAACCGCAGCCGAAGUAAAGAUAGAACCUGAUGUCGUUUCGGGUAAGUUUCUUGUGAAUUCAAUUUUAACACAAAUUUUAUUCGAUACAAGUGUGAAUAGUUGCAUAUGGGCAUAUAUGAGUAGUGAAAAGAGUGAAUUAUAUAAAUGA